GUGAAACUCGUCCUAACUUGGUCAAAACUUGGUACUGUUCAUCAUGCCCAUUUCCUCGAUGCCUCAAUCUCUGGCGGACUGGAGAAAUCAGGCUCAGGCCUGGGGCAAAACAGAGUACGAACCGUACGAUCUCUGGCGACCUCUCAUCCCUUUCUUCCAAAGUCACGGCCUCGCCCUCUGGGAGGCACCUCCUAACUAUCCUAGCUGGGGCUAUCAAUUGCUUGAUCCCGAGGGGAUAGAACGGGCGCCCGACGGCUUCUCGUACCUCUCGCACUACUAUCCUGAUGGUUCGCCUGCAAGAAUAAAAGACUACUUUCAGCAAAUUAAUCCCAUCAUAUGUCCUGCACGGACAUCCGAUGGUCGAGAUGUCAUGAUACGACUUGUCUACAUCAAGGACGAUCCCAGUCCUUCAGGCGCCAGCCAUCUGACCAUCCUGCGUCGCAUUGCAAAAGGCCAUGUCGCCUGCAUAGGGAACAAUCACAUUCUGCCGGUUCUUCAGGAAUUGACCGACGUCGAACACGGACUCACGUUCGUUGUACAACCGAAAGCAUUUGAUUGUGAUGAGUUGCCUAAGUGGUAUAGCGCACGCGAGGCCGCCGAUUUCAUCGUGCAGAUCUUCGAGGGCAUGGAAUUCUGCCAUAAGCGUCUCAUUGCACAUCUCGAUAUAGGCUACGACAACAUUCUGGUCAACUUCCGCGGCGGUGCCGAAUAUCCACGUGCCAGUAACACUUUAUCAUCGACCUGGCCCUUCCGCUCCCAUUUCCCUAUUCGUUACUACCUCAACGAUUUCGAAAUCGGGCUCACAUUUGACGAAACAUCCGAUCUAUCGUCCAGGACGACAAUGGGCUUCCCUCAUACCGUGUCGGGCAGAAAAGGAUCGUAUGGGCGAGCUCCGGCCCCAGAGAUGGUGCAACAGGAUGUACCUCACUGUCCGUUCCGUGUCGAUGUCUGGCAGGCUGGCAGGAUGAUGAAGGAAAGUAGUCGAUUUGAGGAUAUAGGCGGGCUGCCGGAGUAUCAAAGCCUGUUUGACGAGAUGAUGGCUGAGGACCCACGAGCACGACCUACGAUGAGUGAAGCCCUGCGAAGAGCGC